UUCCCAGCCUUUCCUCAAGCCAACUCCAUCCACCAUUGGCACUUUGCAGGAUCUCACAGACCACAAGUGACCCGCAGCCAUGAAGAUCCUCUACUUGCUCUUCGCUGUUUUCCUCCUCAUCUUCCAGGCUACUUCAGGUUCUGCAGAUCCCCUUUUUCCUGACACUGCAGAGUGCAGGGGCCAGGGAAAAUUCUGCCGUGCCGGGCAGUGCCCACCCACCUUCACUGCCUCAGGGACCUGCCACAACGGGGUGCUGAACUGCUGCUCCAAGUAA